GACUUCCCGGCAUGCAAUGGGUUGGACUGUCAGACGGAGCGGGACCUGAACAUAGUGCUGCAGUUGGUUUGAUUCUUUACCAUGGUCUCGCUGCUGUCCCGGGGUAUCGGGGUGUUUGUCAAGGCUGUAGUGGAGCUGAAGGCCACGCAGACAAUAAGAUGUAACAGCCUUGCAGGCAGCAUUUCAUCCUGGCAAUGCUUAACUUCAAGGUGGUUUUCUAACAGCCAAAAACAGCCCGAUGGCUGCCCAAAGAGGCCGCUUUCUGCCUACAUCCGUUUUUUUUGUGAAACAGAUGCCGAUACUCCAUAAACAACAUCCAGAAAUUAAACAAGUUGAUCGUACUAGAAAAAUUGCACAGGAAUGGAAAGAACUUCCACAAUAUAUCAAAGAACCCUUUGUAACAGCUGCAAGUGCAGAACAGCUAAAGUUCCGGGAGGAAUAUAGAAUAUAUAAAGAAAGCCUAACGCCGUCUCAGUUGGAAAUUCGAAGAGAAGAAAGACGACAAAGAAUGGCCAAAAGUAAAAGCAUGAAGAAAAAAAGGGAGUUGACGGUAUUUGGAAGACCAAAAAGACCUCGUAAUGCUUUUAACAUUUUCAUGUCUGAAAACUACCAAGAAGCUACCGGAAUUUCAAUGCAGUCAAAGAUGAAGAGCUUACGAGAUGAUUGGAAAAUUCUACCCAAUUCACAAAAACAGACUUAUGUUCAACUUGCUGAAGAUGACAAGAUACGUUACGAAAACGAAAUGAGUUCUUGGGAGGAACAGAUGAUAGACCUUGGGCGCGAAGAUCUUAUUCGACGUACGAAAAAGAGGGCUACAAGAAUGCGAAAAGUGACUGCAAAAAGGGAGAAUGUCAUAGAGACGUUGAAGUCUGAUAAGAUCAUGAAACAGCAAGGCAAUAUGAUGACUAAGCAUGAAGAAUAAAUGGUUUAUGUAAUUAUUUUGUAAUUCAUAUUCGCUUCUCUUUCUGAAUUUUAAGUUUCUGAAGAUCAUCUAUGACCUGUUUUUGGGUCAUUAAUAAAUAACUUUUAAACUGAGAAGUCAGACGACAAUUAAACCAUGCAAGAGGAAUUGGGUUCUAUAGAAUCUGUGAGCAGUUUUCUCUGGUUAAUGUCAGUAGGGUGCAACAAUAUACAUUUCCCGGUAUAAGAAUCAUGAGAAAAAAAAUGGAAAUUAUAUUUCAGAUGUUUUUCAAUAACUAUGUACAAGUCUAAACCAUUUCUUUGUUGAUAAAAAAAUAUUACUCCCUCCAUAGUUCUCAGUUAUUUAAAUUAUUAAUGGAAACAAAAAGGUUCUAUUUUUUGCAUCGAGUUUUGUAAAGUAACUGCAUACUAGAAAGCAAUUUUGUGCAUGUCUUUUUAUACGUCAUAAGGAAGAAUAAACCUGUUCUAAAACCA